AUGGCUUCCAAGCCUCGCAAAGGCGAUGCCGCCGCGGCUGCGAACGGCGGCGAUGCGGGCGACGAUCUGAUGGCGUGGGUGGCAAAGAGUCGCAAGCUGGACGAGAAGCGGCGCGCGGAGAAGGAGAAGGCGGAGCGCAUGGCGCGCAUGCUCGCCGACCAGGACGACGCGGCCGCGGAGGACGAGCACGACGACGAGCAGCGAGGAGGGUGGCAGCGGUCGUUGCGACCUGAGUACACCUCUCGCGAUUUGGCGGGGAUGAGGGUGCGGCACGGGGUGGGCGCGGUGCUGCAGGAGGGCGCGGCCGUGGUGCUCACGCUCAAGGACGCCUCCAUCCUCGCGGGGGAUGAUGUCAAUGAAGGUAAUGCAGCCACCAGUGGCGUGCCUUGCGUGAGAGCGUGUGUGUGUGUGCUGCUCCCUGCCUCUCCCUACCGUGGUGCUCACACUCAAGGACGCCUCCAUCCUCGCGGGGGAUGA